AUGAGGAUGACUGCCACUGUUAUUGCUUGCAAGCGCCUCACAUCAUGGCAGAUCGACUAUGUUGCUGCAUAUCUCAACAGCAUCAACAAGUUUGAGGUGUACAUGGAGCAACCCUGGCCAUUCGUGGUUCAGGGAAAGGAGCACAUGGUAUUGCAGGUCAACAAAACGGUCUAUGGGAUGAUGCAGGGGGCAUACGACUGGGAGGAUGAGCUGUCAAGGACAUACAAGAGACUCGGAUACUACCAAUCUUGUGCUGACCCCUGCAUCAGACACCGCCUUAUUGAUGGCAAAGAAGGAGAAGGCAAUAGGCAAGAUGGAAGGGUGCUACGAGGUGAAGAGGAUAUGACACAGGAUGAGAAGACUGGCACAAUUACCCUCUCCCAACAAGUGUUUGCCAAACGUACACUUGAGCGGUUCAGCAUGUCAGACUGCAACGCAAAGUCCAUGCCACUUCCAUGCGGGAUCAAACUGUCUGAGCUCAACUCACCACGCAUGGAAGAAGAGACCCUCUUCAUGAAGGACAAGCCCUACCGAGAAGCUUUGGGAUGCGUUAUGUGGCUGCAGGCAAAUCUUGGACCUGCACACUGGAGGGCAUCGCAACACGUCCUCACAUACAUUAAGGGCACCUUACACUACAAAAUCACCUAUGACCCAAAUUCUGCUGAUGGCCUCAAGGUAGCAGGAUACUCCAACUCAGACUAUGCUGGGGAUGCCAAUACCAUGCGGUCCACUGGAGGGUACAUUUACACCAUGGCUGGCGGGCCUGUCACCUGGAGCUCUAAACAACAGGCCAUGACAGCAUCAUCCACAAUGGAGGCGGAGUACAUGGCACUGAACCGUGCCUGCCAGCAGGCAGUGUGGAUGCAGGGAUGGAUUAGUGAGGCCAGACUUGAGCAAAUGUCGCCUGCCCUGAUACAUGGUGACAACAAAGGCUCGGUUGACCUGGCAAAGAACAUCAAGGGCAUCACAAAAGCGAAACAUAUCCACGUAAAGCACCACUAUAUCCGCGAAUGCGUCAAGGACAGCGACAUGGAGAUUGUCCAAAUACCAACGGAUGACAACAUCGCUGACAUACUGACAAAGCCUCUACCACAGGCAACUCAUGAAAAGUUCACCCAUGCAUUGGGCCUUUGCGAUGCAUAG